AUGUAUGCAACAAACCAACAUCUUUCACCUUCAGUGAAAAGGUCUAAUUCGAGAAACUCAAUAUCAAACUCCAGUAUGUUGUCAAACUCUUCAUCUUUCAAUAAUAUUCCGAGGUCGAAUUCCACAAAUGAUUUGUUUGAACUUACAAGUCAUAAUACAAACCACUUUCAUUAUCAUUCUCAUCUUAAUGCAUCAAAUAGAAGAAAUUCAUUAAGAAGUCAAACCACUAUGACUAAAUCUUAUUCUCAUUCAAACUUAAACUUAAACUUAAAUUCCAAUCCAAAACAUUCCACUCCAUUGCAUUCCAACAAAUCCAUCAAUUUAAAUACCUACCCAACACCAAAAAAAAAUUCAACCUCUAUUAAUUCUCCCAUAAGCAACAAUUCUAACAAUUCUAAUACUUUGAUGCAAAAUAUGGUUCCAUCACCAUCACCAUCAUCAUUAUCGAACACUCAUUCGUUAUUGACUAUUCCAGAACAAUUAUUUUUAAAUUCAACACCUUCUCCACAAAAGAGGAAUAAAAAUUUAUUAAUCAGAUCAAUGAUUAAUUCAAACAAUUCAUUUACUCCUCCUCCACCUCGUCUUCCUCUUUCUGCUUCUUCUUCAACUACUAAUUUAACAACAACAAUUGAAGGUGUUACAACAUCUCCAAUAAAACAUAAAGGGCUAAGAAAAUCUGCUAGUUUACAACAAUUGAGAUUAUCUACUCUAAAUCCUUCUGCUUCUGUCUCCAAUUAUUCUAAUCUACCAUAUUGUCAUAUCCCUACCUUACCAAACACAAACCCUAAUACAAUGAGGAAAAAUAAUAAUAGAUUGACUUCUAUGCCCAGAAGUUAUAGUACAAACUCCAUCAGUAGUAACGUUCCUAUUUCUAGAAGCAAUAGUAUAACUUCAGCUUAUAGUCGCCAAUCUGUUUCUCAAAACAACAACAACAACAACAAUAAUAAUAAUAUGAUAAACCAAUCAAGAAUUCCAAGAAAUUUGAACUCUAGUUCUAUGUCACAACCACAUAUGAUAAGAAAUAAUUCAAUUACUUCAUCUGUAACACCACCAUCUGCUACGACGAGAAACAAUAAAACAACAGUACCUGUUCAAUCUCGCAUUUCAAGAACCAAUAGUAAUACUCCUCUUGAAUCAUCAUCAUCCUCAUCUCACAUUUCAAGAAAUAAUACACCAACUCCAUUGAAUAGUUCUUCAAAGAACGACAAUAAUCUUACUGCUCAAUUAGAUGCUUUCCGUAUUACAAGAAACAAUAGUAUUACUCCAUCAGAAUCCGCUGAAGGAGCCAAAAAUACUAAAUUAUCUCCAAUUACUUCUAGCCGUGUUUCAAGAAGUAAUAAUACUACUCCAGUACAGAAAUUUUUUUCUAAAAAUGAAACUUCUAGUCAAUUGUCUCUUUCAAGAAGUGCAGAUAAUACCCCUGUGAAAAGUUCUAAUUUAAAUAAAAUUUCAACUUCCCCAACAACAACUUCUGAAAAACCAAUUUAUACUCCGAUUGAUAAUUUCUUAACUCCCGUAGUCUCUGAAAAUAACAAGGAUUUAAAUAGCUAUAGAUUCAUUCAAAAUAGAAAUCUAAUGAAUAGAUCAAAUUCAAUGACUUUACCAAAUUCACAACCAACUCAAAAACAAAAGACAUAUUUUAAUAAGAAGAAUUAUAUUUAUCAAAAUCAUAUGAAUAAGUUAACACCUUAUCAAUUACAAAGAAUUAAAAUGCAACAUGCUUUUAAAUUUCCUAAUGGAGAAAAUUAUACUCCAAGAAAACAACAACAGCAGUAUAUGCAUUUAUCUCAACAAUCUCUUGUUUUUAAUAAUUCAAUUAAUGCGGAUGCAGAUAUAAGUAAUCACAGCAUUAGACCUCUAUCUACUCCAGUUUCAUCACCAGUUAUUCCAUCGACGAAUGAUAUAUCUUUUAAACCAUUAAACUUGUCAGAAUCUAGUAGAAAAUUCAAAAAUGAUUCAAGUGACGAGUCUCAAGCUUCUUCAACUUUGCAUGAUGUAGAUUCUUUGACCAAUAAUUCUAAUUUUAAAUUAAAUGAUGACGAUGUAGUAGGUUCUACUACCCCUACCACCAUUAAUUCCACCGUAAAAGUAAUCCCUAAGGAUGAAUAUAUUAUCAAAAAUAAUAUUGACAAUAAGAGGCCUUUAACUAGAUCAAAUAGUAAAUUAGGAAGUUUCUUUAGAAAGUUCUUAAAGAAUGAUGAGACAAAUAAUGAAGUAAUUUCACAAACUACCAAAAAAACUGAUUCUACUUCACCCGUUAAAUCGAGACAAAGAAAAUUAAUCAAUUCAAUUAGACAUAAUUCUACUAUUGAUUUAUUCAAAAAUAAUAUGUCUUCUACAAAUGAUAAAGAUGCCAACGAAAGUGAUACUGAUCAUUCCAUUAAUUUCGAUGAUGAGUUUACUAGAUUAGGCGAAUACAUUGAUAAACAGACUUUAUUAUUAGAUAUCGAUAGUGAUAAUUUGAACACAACUACAAAUACUACUAUUGAAUCUUUUCAUACUGCUUUUGAAUCUGUAAAUAUUAGCUCUCAUACCAUUGAAAGUUCGUUAGCUCCACCUCAAAGAUCUACUUUAAGACCAAAAAUAACUAAUUCUAAGUUAGCUAGUGAAUAUUAUCAUUCUAAAUCUUUUGAAAGCCAGGAAAGUGAUAUCAGCAUCGAGAGUGAAGGAAGUAUCAAUAAUAAUAGUGAUAUUACAAGAAGCAACAGUUGUGACACUAGUAAUUCUAGUGAUAAUAAUAACAACUUAUCUGCAGAUAAUUUAAAUUCCUCUCCAGUCAAGAAACUAAGAUUUAAUACUAAAGUAGAUGUUAGAAAAACUUGGUCUCCAUUGGAAUAUAUCAGAAGCGACAAUUCAAAGAGAUGUGCCUUUAAUAAUAAUAAAGAAUACAUUUUUGAAAAUGCUAAUCACACAAGUGAUUCUAUAGAUGAAGUUGAUGAAGAAAACCAUGCAGCUGAUGAUAGCAAUAAUCAUAUUGUCGCUCCUACUCCAGUUAUUCCAGUUAGGCAUCCAAGGGUUAACUUGCCUAGAAGUCAUCACGAUCAUAAUAAUAUGAAAAAAGCUAUUAAGUUAGAAAUUAAUAGUUACAAGAUGAAUGAAAUGGUUGUCCAUAAGGAUAGCCACCAAAACACUCAUUUUUUGAUUUAG